CUGGCAUUUCCCAGAAGGCCCUGCGCCGGGUAGGGGUUUGCAGCUGCUCCGUCAUCGUGCGGCCCGCCGCGAGCCCGCGCCACUCUGCAGGCCCGCCUUGGUUCCUGGUCCCUAGUGCGAGGGUUCACGCGAGGCCCCGGUCUGGGUCCCCGGACUAGGCCGCGACCCCAGGCGCCAUGAAGCAGGAGGGCUCGGCGCGUCGCCGAGGCGCCGACAAGGCAAAGCCGCCUCCGGGCGGAGGGGAACAAGAGCCGCCACCCCCCUCGGCCCCUCAGGAUGUGGAGAUGAAAGAGGAGGCGGCAGCCGGUGGCGGCUCCACCGGGGAGGCGGACGGCAAGCCGGCGACGGCGGAGCACUCCCAGCGAGAGCUGGACACCGUCACUCUAGAGGACAUCAAAGAGCAUGUGAAGCAGCUGGAGAAGGCCGUCUCGGGCAAGGAGCCUCGAUUUGUGUUGAGGGCCCUGCGGAUGCUGCCGUCUACAUCACGCCGCCUCAACCACUAUGUCCUCUAUAAGGCCGUGCAUGGCUUCUUCACCUCAAACAAUGCUACUCGAGACUUUUUGCUACUCUUUCUGGAAGAGCCCAUGGACACAGAAGCUGAUUUACAGUUCCGUCCACGCACGGGAAAAGCUGCAUCAGCACCACUCCUGCCUGAAGUGGAGGCCUAUCUCCAGCUUCUCAUGAUCAUCUUCCUGAUGAACAGCAAGCGCUACAAAGAGGCACAGAAAGUCUCUGAUGACCUGAUGCAGAAGAUCAGUACUCAGAACCGCCGGGCUCUGGACCUUGUGGCUGCAAAGUGUUACUAUUAUCACGCCCGAGUCUAUGAGUUCCUGGACAAGCUGGAUGUGGUGCGCAGCUUCUUGCAUGCCCGGCUCCGGACAGCCACCCUGCGGCAUGAUGCUGAUGGGCAGGCCACCCUGUUGAACCUCCUGUUGCGAAAUUACCUACACUACAGCUUGUAUGACCAGGCCGAGAAGCUAGUGUCCAAGUCCGUGUUCCCUGAGCAGGCCAACAACAAUGAGUGGGCCAGGUACCUCUACUACACAGGGCGAAUCAAAGCCAUUCAGCUGGAGUACUCUGAGGCCCGGAGAACCAUGACCAAUGCCCUUCGCAAAGCCCCUCAGCACACAGCUGUUGGCUUCAAACAGACGGUGCACAAGCUUCUGAUUGUGGUGGAGCUGCUUCUCGGGGAGAUCCCGGACCGGCUGCAGUUCCGCCAGCCCUCCCUUAAGCGCUCUCUCAUGCCCUACUUCCUCCUCACGCAAGCUGUCAGGACAGGAAAUCUAGCCAAGUUCAACCUGGUCCUGGAUCAGUUUGGGGAGAAGUUUCAAGCAGAUGGGACCUACACCCUAAUUAUCCGACUACGACACAAUGUGAUUAAGACAGGUGUGCGCAUGAUCAGCCUUUCCUAUUCCCGAAUCUCCCUGGCUGACAUUGCCCAGAAGCUACAGCUGGAUAGCCCAGAAGAUGCAGAAUUCAUUGUCGCCAAGGCCAUCCGGGACGGCGUCAUUGAGGCCAGCAUCAACCAUGAGAAGGGCUACGUCCAGUCCAAGGAGAUGAUUGAUAUCUACUCCACCCGGGAGCCCCAGCUGGCCUUCCAUCAGCGCAUCUCCUUCUGCCUGGACAUCCACAACAUGUCGGUCAAGGCCAUGCGGUUUCCUCCCAAAUCAUACAACAAGGACUUGGAGUCUGCAGAGGAACGGCGUGAGCGCGAGCAGCAGGACUUGGAGUUUGCCAAGGAGAUGGCAGAAGAUGACGACGACAGCUUCCCUUGAGCUGGGGGGCUGGGGAGGGGUGAGGGUGAGUGGGGACCGGCUCUGUCUUUCCCAUUUGGGCAUUUGGGGGGUCCCUUGCCCAGGGAGCUGGCCCCCUUUUCCUCCACACAGUUCACAGACUGCAUCCAUGCAAGGGUGAAGGGUGCUGGGAGCCGGCCACCCCGCCUCACUCCCGUGCCCCUCUCCAGCCAGUGACAUGGCCCGCCACGGGCAGGAGGGCGGGUGGGCGGGCGGGCGGCCUCCAGGGCAGGGGCCUGCCUGGACGCGAGGGCAGAGGAGGGGACGGACAGACCCAUGGAUUAGGGCCUGCAGUUGGGAAAUGUUGGGUUGUAUGUUUUCUGAAGCUUCAAUUAUGAUUUUUAAACAAUAAAAAGUUCUCCAAAGCUCUGUACAUCUCAUCGUUUGCUAUGCCUUGCUCCCUUGUGGCUGUGAUAUUGACAGGCCCAUAUUUUUUUUUUUCCUUUUCUUUUAAUGCCAGUACUGGGACUUGAACUCAGGGCCUGGGCACUAUCCCUGAGCUAUUUCGCUCCAGGCUAUCACUCUUCACGUUAGGGGGUUUUGGUGUUUAAUUGGAUAUGAGUCUCAUGAGCUUUCUUGUCCAGGCUGGCUUCAAACUGCGACCCUCAGAUCUCAGCCUGAAUAGCUAGGGUUACAGGUAUGAUUUUUUUUUUCCCUUGGUUUCCAAGUCCUAACCCCAAGUGUGGUCUGAGAACCCAGUUUGUCUGCCAGAAGAAAAGCCAAGGAGGUAAGGAGGCCUUAAACUUGGGUCUGAAGGGUAGGGUUUGCUCUUUACCUAACUGGCCCUCAGGCAGUAGGCAGAUUGCUACACAUUUGCCCCUUUCCCACAUGUGUCAAACACAGGAGGGGUGCCUCCUAGUUCCUAAAAUCAGGAGCCCUGCAUGAGGUUCAAAAAGAGCAAGCAUGAGACCUCACACAGUGUACAGAAGUGAGCAGAGAGCAGGCCCAAGCUACUCACUGAAACCCUGGUUUCUAUCUCUCCCCACAUCCUUGAAGCUAAUGCUGCCUUGGAUUCAUGGAAGUCUUGAGGUUGGCAGGAAGCGACACCACUUCCUGUUACCCAGUUCCCCCUGUGGUCUGCAGAAGACAGACAUCAUGCUAUUGAAUGUCUUUCCCUCUUUAUCCUUUGAUUUUUGCUGACCCAAUAAAAGAUUCAUUACA